UCCCAGUGCUAGCUCCAGAGACCUCCCACUUUGGACUUAGAAACGCUUCAGCUCAGAAAGCAGUUCUGUACUCCCCACAACUGCACCCAGUAAGCCACAGCACAAAGGAGCCACAAGGCCAAGAUCCAGAGAGGUGCGGGAAGUAGGCUGCACUCUGGCCCCUGACGCAGCGGCAUGGAGCUGGUCCCGGACACCUCACGCCCGCCACUGCAGUACGUGAAGGGGAUCCCUCUCAUCAAGUACUUUGCCGAGGCACUGGGGCCACUGCAGAACUUCCAGGCCCAGUCCGAUGACCUGCUUAUCAGCACCUACCCCAAAUCUGGCACCACCUGGGUGAGCGAGAUCCUGGACAUGAUCUACCAAGGUGGCGAUCUGGAGAAGUGUCGCAGGGCCCCCGUCUUUAUCCGGGUACCCUUCCUUGAGUUCAAGGCUCCAGGGAUUCCCACAGGUAUGGAGGUUCUGAAAGACACACCGGCCCCACGAAUCAUCAAGACUCACUUGCCCCUGGCCCUGCUCCCUCAGACCCUGCUGGAUCAGAAGGUCAAGGUGGUCUAUGUUGCCCGCAACGCAAAGGAUGUGGCUGUCUCCUAUUACCACUUCUACCGCAUGGCCAAGGUGCACCCUGACCCUGACACCUGGGACAGCUUCCUGGAGAAGUUCAUGGCCGGAGAAGUGUCCUACGGGUCCUGGUAUCAGCACGUGCGGGAGUGGUGGGAGCUGAGUCAUACCCACCCUGUUCUCUACCUCUUCUAUGAGGACAUGAAAGAGAACCCUAAAAGGGAAAUUCAGAAGAUCCUGGAGUUUGUGGGGCGCACCCUGCCAGAGGAGACCGUGGAUCUCAUCACCCAGCAAACGUCUUUCAAGGAGAUGAAGAAGAACCCCAUGGUUAACUACACCACCAUACCCCCUGACAUCAUGGAUCACAGCGUUUCGGCCUUCAUGAGGAAAGGCGUCGCGGGGGACUGGAAGACCACCUUCACCGUGGCCCAGAACGAGCGCUUUGACGCCCACUAUGCAGAGAAGAUGGCGGGCUGCAGCCUCCGCUUCCGCACGCACCUGUGAGUGGCGCUCCCCGAGGCACGCCCGCGGCCCCGCUGCUGUGACCCGGCCUGACCCCGGGGUCGAGAAUAAAAUUCCGUUUGUGUUAA